UAGAUGUGUGGUUAGAAUAUAUCACGAGUAUUGACAACAAAACGUUCUACACUUAUUACUUGAGCAAGACUGACUCUCCAAGUCAUAAUCUUUAUCAAAUUUUGAAUCAUGAAGGGUGCUACUUUGGUUAUGGUAUCUUGUGUUUUCAUAUGUUUCAUUCUAAGUCAUGGUAAAGACGGGGACUGUUGGGAUGAAAUCCCAUUCCCUGGAAAAUGCAGCAAACAAGGAAAAAAGGAAUGCUUCAAAGAAAUGCUUUCGAAGAACAUUACAAGACGCUUUGUUCGCUGCAACUGUAUAAACUGGGAACCUGACAAAUCAGGUGAGGAAGGACAUAAUGUAAAACAUAGUCAUGAGCAUACAGAGCAUCAACAUAUCUGCCAAUGUCUCAGAGUUGUUGCCGGUGAUUGUUUGCCAUACGGAAAAGCGUAACAGAGUUUUUGGUGGUAAUCUGAUGUUAUUUUCUUCAAAUUAUAUUUCUUUUCAUCUUAGUAAAGGCAAUAAGAUUAUGCGUUAUCAAUUAUAACGGACUAUAUAUGCGUAUUUCAUUCAAUUUCAUUUUAUUUUAUUUUUGUUUGCUAUCGACAUUUCCAAAUCUAUAUUGAUAAAAGAGGCCACGGCUCUAUUUA